ACGUAGAACCCCUUGAAAUUUAAUUUAAGAAAGUGUUUUGAAUGAAAAUUUUCAAUAAAUAAGAUUAUCUACUGAUAUUGGAAACGUUUAAUUGAUUUUAUCAAUAUUCAAUGAAUAUUUUUUUUUUCUCAAAAAUUUUCAAAAUCGAAUUGACAAAAAAAAAACGAAGGAAAAUAUCUUGUCAAAGAUUUUUAUUUUUAUUAGUUAACUAAUUAAAAUAAAUCUUUAUUAAUAUAAUAUCAAUGUAAUUCUUGAAAUAUUUCGUUUAAAAAAAAAAAUUUUUUUUUCUAAAAAGUUGAAUAGAAUUUUAGAAAACAAAAAUUUUUUAAUUUAUCAUUUAAAUUAACUUUCAUAAUGAAAAUAAAUUAUAGGAAUUAAUAGGAUAAAAAGAAAAAAAAGCAGACGAUGUUGUUGUUUUGAAUAAAUUGACAAUAAAUCGAAGUAAAUCAGAUGGAAUUGUUGAAAAUAAUGAUAAAAAACAUUAAAUUAAGUCCAUAUACUAAAUUGUAUGAAUAUGUCUUAUCUCAUCUUGAUCAUAUUUGUUAUCGUUUAUAUGGAUCUCAAUCAAAUAAAUUUGAAAGAAUCAUUUGGAAUUUAUUUGAAAAUUAUACUCAAUUAUUAUUUUGUUCACGAUUAAUUCAAGUAUAUAAAUCCGAGUGCCUAGUUCGAAAUUAAAAACAGUUCGAAGUGUUUUUAUUCGUUCAAUUAACAAAUAUAAUUUUGUUGAAAAUGAGAUUUAUAUUCAAUUAAAGAUAUUUAUUCUUUUUUUUUUCAAGAUAAAAAUUCAUGUUUAACACCAUCAAAGGAUAUAUAAUUGGUGAUAUAACUAGUUUUUAUAAAGAAAUAUUUCCAAACAUUCCGAAUAUAGAUAAAAAUUUAAAAGAAAAUCAAUUAAUUGAUCUUCCUUAUAGUAAUAAAAUAUUUGAAAAUAUUAAAUAAGGACAUGUUAACGUAAAUAUAUCUUCAAUUAAUUAUUCAUUAAAUAAAAUUCAAACAAAUUCCACAUCGAAUGUUUUAUCAUCAUCGAUUCAAGUAGGAAAUGUUAUUUGCCGUUUUAUUCAUACAUAUUUUGUACCUUUAUUACCAUCUAUACAUUGUCCACAUGUUGGUUCAACUGGAGGAAAAGCACGUACUGAUAAAACAAUCGACUUUUAUUAUAAUCAACCAAAUUUUCUGGCUUGUGGUCAUAAACAAUAA